AUGGUCAUCAAGCUGAAACAGCCCAACACCUCCAGCGCAGGUCCUGCAACGACAAUCGACACCCCCGCAAUCGUGCGGGGCGUGAUCAACGACAUUCGUGCGAAUGGAGAUGCAGCUGUGAGACGGUAUUCAGAGAAAUUCGACAAAUGGAGUCCAGCCAGCUUCAAGCUAUCCCCGGAAGAGAUCCAGGAGAUCAUCGCCAGCGUCCCGAAACAGAUCAUCGAUGAUAUCAAACAGGUGCAAGAAAACGUCCGCACCUUUGCACGAGCCCAAAAAGAUUCCAUCAAGGAAUUUGAGCUGGAGAUUCGCCCGGGCGUGCACCUGGGACAGAAAAAUGUCCCCAUCAACUCAGUUGGCGCAUACAUCCCAGGCGGCCGCUAUCCCCUCCUCGCAUCCGCACACAUGACAAUCCUAACAGCAAAAGUAGCCGGUUGUCCGCACGUAACAGCCUGCACACCCCCCAUCGCGGGCAAAAUCCCCGCCAACACCGUCGCAGCCAUGCACCUCGCCGGCGCAGACGACAUCUACAUCCUGGGCGGGGUCCAAGCCGUAGCCGCAAUGGCCAUCGGCACACCAAGCAUGAAGAAAGUAAACUUCAUAGCCGGACCAGGCAACGCCUUCGUAGCCGAAGCAAAGCGCCAACUCUUCGGCGAAGAAAUCGGCAUCGACCUGCCCGCCGGACCAACAGAGAUUCUCAUCGUAGCAGAUGAGCACGCGGACCCAUUCAUCGUGGCAACAGACCUCCUCUCCCAAGCCGAGCACGGCCCAGACUCACCGGCGGUAUUGAUAACCAAUUCAAAUGCCGUAGGCGAAAAGACCAUCUCGGAAGUGGACCGACUACUCAAGAUCCUUCCCACAGCUGAUAUCGCCAGUGUAUCGUGGGACAAAUUAGGCGAGGUGAAUAUCGUGUCCGAUCUAGACGAAGCGUAUAAACUCGCCGACGAAUACGCGUACGAGCAUGUUCAGAUUCUGACGCAGAAUCCCCGCGAGGCUUUGGUUAAAAUGUCCAACUAUGGCGCUCUCUUCCUCGGCCAGAAUACUUGUGUUUCUUAUGGUGAUAAGUGUAUUGGGACUAAUCAUGUUCUUCCUACUCGUGGUGCGGCGAGAUAUACCGGUGGUUUAUGGGUGGGAAAAUUCCUGCGCACAGUGACAUACCAAGAAGUCACCAGCGACAAGGAGAGCGGCGAACUAGGCCGUCUUUGUGGUCGGUCGGCACGGGCGGAGAAUUUCGAAGGACAUGCGAGAUCGGGGGAUGCGAGGGCAAAUAAGUACCUUGGUGAUCGGUUUGAGUGGAUUGGAUAG